AUGUAUACCCUCCAAAUACCAGCACUGGAUAUCCAUCAGGAAGAGUGGCAGUCCGAUCAAACAUUUUCAGAAGGUGCGCCUGAAAUGGUAGCACUGGCAGACGAAAGGAACAUAGGCGAAGGUAAAAUUAAUGUGUCGCAAGACGAGGAAGACUUCUAUCAACAUGAGGGGGUAGGUUUAAAUUUCCAGCAAGUAGGUGAUGAGGAAGAGUUCCCUCAAGAAGAGAGUAGUUGUUCCCCCAGGGAGGACAAGGUAGACCCACCCGGCACACCCGGGGACAUUGAUAAGCAAGAAAAAGAGGAACAAGAACAAAUAACUAUUAGGCAAUUACGGUCGGGUUCCAUGUUCUGGAUCCCGAUUCAAGUAGAGAACGUAAUGGUGAGAGCAAUAGUUGAUUCAGCGGCGGAAGUCACAAUUAUUUCUCAAGAGGUUCAUCAAAAGUUGAUACCCCUAUUACUGGUAAUAAGGCGGAUCACUCUCAAUACAGCGGGGAAAUGUAUAUGCAUUCCCGGGACACUUGUAGGGCCGGUUACAUUACUAAUUCCAGGAAGGAAAUUUAAAGUAAACGUAUAUGUAGCACCAAUUGAAGAUAACAUGCUACUGGGGCUUGAUUUUAUGAAACGUCAGGGCAUCAGCCUGGCCUUGGCCCAAUCUCAAAUGAUAUUACAGGGGCAAAUUAUUCCUAUGCAGUUGGGAAGGGAGAAUACACCAGACCCCAACUCCAACCCUUGCACAGCUAAAGUGGCAGUGUCUCAACACACGGUCAUUCCACCACGGUCGGUUGCAAACGUCACAUGUGAACUGGACAAUAACAUGCCCCAAUACCUAGUGGAACCCUUGGACGACGGGAGGGUGCCAAUAAUUCGUAUAUUGCACCAGAAAAGAAAAACCUUACAAAUAUUUGUACUUAAUGUAAUAGACCGGAACAUCACAUUGAAGAGACAGACGCAUGUGGCCAAUGCAGAAGCAGCAUGGGAGGUUUUACCCAGUUCAGCAGUGUCUGUAAGGUUAGUAGGGGAGGCACCACAGGAAACCCACGGCAACCUACCCACCUAUAUGGUAAGCAUAUUAUGGGACAUAGAAGAAACUCUGACAGCAGAACAGGUGAGCCAACUGACCCAUUUGUUACUGACAAAUAAGGAUGUCUUUGCGGCAAGCGAAUUUGAUUUGGAAUCUUUUAAUGAAGUAUCACACCACAUCAACACAGGCAAUGCCAGACCUGUGAAACAGAAAAUACGACGAACACCUGCAUGUUUUGCACAGGAGGAAAAAGGACACCUUCAACACAUGCUUGAUGCAGGUAUUGUCACACCGUCGAUGUCUGAGUGGGCAUCGGCACCAGUGUUAGUGAGGAAAAGGGAUACCUCGGUUCGAUGGUGUGUGGACUACCGAGAACUGAAUUCCCGUACCAUAAACGAUGUGUACCCGCUUCCGCUAGUCGAUGAAUUGCUGGACACAUUAGCAGGGAUCGAAUGUUUCAGUAAAUUUGACGCCAAUUCAGCAUACUACCAGAUCAAUGUAGCCGAGGAAGAUCGGAAAAAGACGGCAUUUAUCACCAAGUAUGGUCUGUUUGAGUUUAAGAAAAUGGCUUUUGGCCUUUGUAAUGCUCCAGCUACCUAUGCAAGAGUCAUGAAUCUAGUGCUCUGA